CGAAUUCCUCUUCUUCCGGUGUUGGAGGACAAUAUGGCGGCUUUGUGUAAGCUAAGGUUUGGGGUCCGGUCAGCGGUCCGGUUCUCGCCAAGCAUCUCCAUCCGGACUUCCUUCAGCUCGGACUGCGAUGACGGAGCCAGGCCUGGGUCCGGCUUCGCGGCAGCCUUUCAGCGGCAGGCGGAGCUCCAACGGGAGGCAGAUGGCGACCAGAGCGGCUCCAUCCCCGGACAGGAGCAGACCUUCGCCUCGCUGUUCAAGGAGGCACCGAUUAGAGACAAUGUGGUUGUCGGGAGGAUCUUCCAUGUGGUCCGGGAUGACCUGUAUAUAGACUACGGAGGGAAGUUUCACUGCGUCUGCCGGAGACCCGCAGCUGGAGGAGAGCGGCUGCAGCGAGGCUCCAGAGUCCGGCUGAAGAUCCUGGAUCCGGAGCUCACCGCCCGGUUCCUGGGAGCCAAGACCGACACGACUCUGCUGGAGGCGCAGGGGAUUCUGCUGGGUCCGCUGGAGGGACGGGAGGUCCAGAAACGUGGGCAGAACCAGAAGCAGGAAUAAAAACUGUGACUUAAACCCGAACUGGAACUUAACAACAGCUUUCUAACCGGUGUGGUGGGGCCCUGGAUGGGGGCCCAGGGCCCAGAGUCAAUGACUUGUUUGUUUUAAAGAUAUUUUGUAAAAUAAUCCAACUGGAUUAAAAAUAUGACAUAUAAAAUACCAA